UGAGAAUUAAGCAAGGGUGCAUAGGGCCUCUCUCUCCUCGACGUGGGCGGGGGAGAGAAAAAGUAUAAAUAGACAUCACUCUCACAGCUGCACCUUGUAAGAGAAUCCAUCAUCCAUCCGCUGCCAACGCAAUAUCCACCUAUUCCUGAGGAGCGACUAUCCAUACUUGACGCCCCCAAAAAAAAUGAGCGAUAUCGACAAGACCGCUAUCAACGUCGUCUCUUCCGAACGUCACCCUGCGGCACCUGGGAAGUCUCUCAGCCACGCUGGUGUCAGAGAAAUCUCUGAUUCCGACUCCUAUGAAAGAGGCUUACCGGACGACGGUCCCCAAUACGUGGUGUAUGAUGCGGACACCCGUAAACACAGAAGGGAAAACAAGAAAAUUAGUGACUACCUUGCCAUCUGUUGCGCAGGGUUCGCUUUGAUUUCCGACGGCUACCAGAAUAACGUGAUGACCAUGUUGAACAAGGUGUUUGCCAUUGAAUAUAAAAAAACCUACACCGCCAGUAUGUCUACCCAGGUGUCCAACGCCCUUCUUGUGGGUGCCGUUUUGGGUCAGGUGACAACUGGUUUGGCCUGUGAUUAUCUCGGGCGUAAAUUUGCGAUUUUGACCGCCACGCUAUUGAUCAUCAUUGGUACCGUGUUGUGCAGCGGUGCCCACGGCGCCCACGGAUCCGAAUUGGGAUUGUUUUGGUUCCUUACUGUUGCGAGAGGUAUCACCGGAUUCGGUGUGGGCUCCGAGUACCCUGCCUCGUCCACCGCUGCAUCAGAGUCGGCCAACGAAACUACUGAGAGAAGAGGCGGUGUCUUUGUUCUUGUGACUAAUUUACCUCUUUCGUUUGGUGGCCCGUUAGCGCUUAUUAUCUUCUUGAUUGUCAACAAGAUCACGGGCGUCAACCAUCAUGAAACCUUGUGGAGAGUGAUGUUUGGGAUUGGUGCGGUGUGGCCUAUUUCCGUUUUCUACUUUCGGUGGAGAAUGGCCACUUCGGAAUUGUACAAAAAAUCGGCUAUCACCAAGCAACGCGUUCCCUACUGGUUGGUCCUCAAGUUUUACUGGGUCCGCCUUUUGGGAACUUGUGGCUGUUGGUUCUUGUACGAUUUCGUCACUUUCCCGAACGGUAUCUUUUCCGCCACUAUUAUUUCCUCUGUUAUCAAGGAUACCAAUGAUUUAGAAACGAUUGCUGAGUGGAAUUUGUUGUUGGGCUCCAUUGCUUUGCCUGGUGUCAUAGUCGGUGCCUGGUUGUGUGAUCGUAUUGGCCGCAAGUACACAUUGAUGGUUGGAUUCUCCGGGUACAUCGUGUUUGGGUUGAUCAUUGGUUGUGCCUACGAUAAGAUCCUGAAAAUCGUACCAUUGUUUAUUAUCUUUUACGGGUUGAUGUUGAGUUUCGGUAACUUGGGCCCAGGUGACAUGAUGGGGUUGACUUCGUCUGAGUCGUACGCCACUCCAAUCAGAGGGACAUGUUAUGGUUUCUCGGCUGCUAUCGGGAAGGUGGGUGCGGUGGUUGGGACUAAGGUCUUUACUCCUAUCCAGAUUCAUCUUGGUAAAAAAUGGACCUUUAUUAUUGCAGCGAUUGUCGGGCUCAUGGGUGUUUUAUUAGCGUUUUUCUGUAUUCCUCACUUGGAUGAUGAUGAUUUGAUGAUGGAGGAUAUCCGAUUCCAGAACUAUUUAAUCGAGAAUGGCUGGAAGGGUAGCUUUGGGACCCGCGAGGAUGAUUCCACCGAAUCUCACGAUGAAGAGAGGGACAUCAAGCAUAUCUAAAGUCCCGGGAUUGUCCUCCAGACACCAUAAUCUAGCCGGAAGUUUUUCUAAUAGUCACGUAUCGAAAUAUAUGUGUAGAAGUUUGCCGAUUUUCCCACCAGGAGAUUCAGCUAUUCCUCGAUAUAAAAAAAG